UUCCCGGCACCAGUUCAGUAUAAACUUCAGGGAGAGUUUCCAGGUGAACCAGGCCUGCUGUUGGGUAGAAUUCGGACAGAUUACUUGUAAACAGGGCAGUUACACCUUUGUCCUGACCCUUCCAAAGUCCACAUCUUCUAGAAGGCCCACCUAUGGCCACAAGGACACAAUGGCUGUAGUGAUCUGUUUACCAGGUAGUCUUGCCUGCCGGUUUGGAGCCUCAGAGUGAUCUGGGGACCUCCCAGGGCCUUACUUAUCUUCGGAUUUAUUAGGGUGAGGAGUGGGGGAGACCACACAGAUGCCCCUAACUGCUGCUUGACCUUAAAGAAACCUUGGACCCCAGUCCUAUCUUCUGUGGGGCGUGACCUCGGCACUGCACAGCCAGCCUGAGGGGUGGGGGAACUUAUGGCUGCUGGGCAUGGGGCAGAGGCAGAGCUGUGCGGUUGGUUUCCCUCUUUCCUCAACCCCAUCAAUCCUGGGCUGGCUGCCCGCUCUUUUCCCCACAGAGCUGGGUUUCCCUGGGGACCAGUGGCUUGGCCUAGCCUCACACCCACAGCCCCCUCCUGGCCACAACUCACGCUAGAAGGAGGGCUGGACCCUCCUGGACCCUGGCCCUCCCUGCCCUGCUGACCAAGGUCCAGUAGUCUCUCUCCAUUGCUGGGCUGGGAGCAAGGAGCAGUGACUCUCACGGAAGGAGGUUCUAAAGCUGUCUAGCUGGCAUGGCAGCUCCAGCGUCUCUGAGCGCCACAGGGGGUCCAGUCCUGCAGGGCUCAUCCUAGACCUCGGACAGCUGGACAGCCUGCCAUCCGUGCUCCCACCAGCCGGGCUAGAUCCAGGCCAUUCACCAUGGGCGGCUGCUUCUCCAAGCCCAAGCCAGUGGAGCUCAAGAUCGAAGUGGUGCUACCAGAGAAAGAGCGGGGCAAGGAAGAGCUAUCAGCCAGCGGAAAGGGCAGCCCCCGGGGUUACCAGGGCAAUGGCACAGCACGCCACUUCCAUGCUGAAGAGCGUCUGACCACUCCACAGCCCUACCCCAGCCCUCAGGACUGUGUGGAGGCUACCGUCUGCCAUGUCAAGGACCUCGAGAAUGGCCAGAUGCGGGAAGUGGAGCUGGGCUGGGGAAAGGUGUUGCUGGUGAAGGAUAAUGGGGAAUUCCACGCCCUGGGCCAUAAGUGUCCUCACUACGGAGCGCCCCUGGUGAAAGGUGUACUGUCCCGGGGACGUGUGCGCUGCCCCUGGCAUGGUGCCUGCUUCAACAUUGGAACUGGGGACCUAGAGGACUUCCCAGGCCUGGACAGUCUGCAUAAGUUCCAGGUGAAGAUUGAGAAGGAGAAGGUGACCGUUCGGGCAAGCAAGCAGGCCCUGCAGCUGCAGCGGAGGACAAAGGUGAUGGCCAAGUGCAUCUCUCCAAGUGCUGGCCACAGCAGCACCAAUGUGCUCAUAGUGGGUGCAGGUGCUGCUGGCCUAGUGUGCGCAGAGACACUGAGGCAGGAGGGCUUCUCAGACCGGAUUGUCCUUUGCACACUGGAUCGACAUCUGCCUUAUGACCGGGCCAAGCUCAGCAAGUCCCUGGAUGCACAACCUGAACAGCUGGCCCUGAGACCCAAGGAAUUCUUCCGGGCCUAUGGCAUCGAGAUGCUCACUGAAGCUCAGGUGGUCACAGUGGACGUGAGAAAUAAGAAGGUUGUGUUCAAGGAUGGCUUCAAGCUAGAGUACAGCAAGCUGCUGCUGGCACCAGGAAGUAGCCCUAAGACCCUGACCUGCAAAGGGAAAGACAUAGAGAAUGUGUUCACCAUCCGCACGCCUGAGGAUGCCAACCGCGUGCUGCGGCUGGCCCGGGGCCGAAAUGCUGUUGUUGUGGGAGCAGGCUUUCUGGGGAUGGAGGUCGCUGCUUAUCUGACUGAAAAAGCCCACUCAGUAUCUGUGGUAGAGCUGGAGGAGACGCCCUUCCGCAGGUUCCUGGGGGAGCGUGUUGGUCGUGCCCUUAUGAAGAUGUUUGAAAACAACCGGGUGAAGUUCUAUAUGCAGACAGAGGUGUCAGAGCUGCGGGCUCAAGAGGGCAAGCUGCAGGAGGUGGUGCUGAAGAGCAGCAAAGUUCUGCGGGCAGACGUCUGCGUGGUAGGCAUCGGUGCGGUGCCUGCCACAGGCUUCCUGAGGCAGAGUGGCAUUGGUCUGGAUUCCCGAGGUUUCAUUCCAGUCAACAAGAUGAUGCAGACCAACAUCCCUGGAGUGUUUGCUGCGGGUGAUGCUGUCACCUUUCCUCUUGCCUGGAGGAACAAUCGGAAAGUGAACAUCCCACACUGGCAGAUGGCUCAUGCCCAGGGGCGGGUAGCAGCUCAGAACAUGCUGGCACAGGAGGCAGAGAUCAAUACGGUACCUUAUCUGUGGACUGCCAUGUUCGGCAAGAGCCUGCGCUAUGCUGGCUACGGAGAAGGCUUCGAUGAUGUCAUCAUUCAGGGGGAUCUGGAGGAGCUGAAGUUUGUGGCUUUUUAUACCAAAGGUGAUGAAGUGAUUGCUGUGGCCAGCAUGAACUACGACCCCAUCGUAUCCAAGGUGGCCGAGGUGCUGGCCUCAGGUCGAGCCAUCCGGAAGCGGGAGGUGGAGUUGUUUAUGCUGCACAGCAAGUACGUGCAUUCUUUCUUGUUGACCGUCCUGUGCCUUUCUUCCCCAGCCCAAUGACUGCACCCUCCCACCUUGCCCAAGUCCAUUACCUAGGGGGCACCAGGCUUUGACACAGAUCAGUCCCUGUAAUCAAGAGUCAUAGCUGGUGGUGCCUAGAGUAGGAAUCUACCCCCUUCUGCCCUGACCCAUCCUCCUCUCAUUCCUGCAGGACCGGUGACAUGUCUUGGCUCACAGGGAAAGGAUCCUGAGCUCUCUCUCUCAUGUGGUGGACUUAGGCAGGCCUCUGGGGCACCAAGGUCAGAGACUAAGUCCUGGGGCAAGUGCCAAUCUCCAAUAUCCCAGGAUCACCCAAGGUGGAAUCUAAGUUCUCCAAGGCUUGCCUUCAACUGUCUGCCUCACCUCCAGAGAGGCUACUACUGCCUCCAGAAGAUGAUCCGUUCCGAAGGCCUCAGCUGUCACUGACAGCUGGUUUUAGAGGCAGGACAGGCUCUGUCUCUGCUUCCUCUAUUAGGACUGUUUUCCCAGCAAGCCCCUUCAACAUUACCUUAAAAUUAAAACACAUGUAUCAGCAGA